UUCUUCGUCUCCUACAAGUAACCAACCACUCCCCGCCCCGCAUCGCCGGCGACCGACGAGACGCAGCAGACGAGCACGGCGGCCAUGGCGACGAGCUCGACACCCGCUGCUGCUGUCUCUCCCGAGGUCGUGCUCGUGCACAAGUUCCCCGAGGUAUCCUUCGCCUACGACGAGAGGGAAGUGGCGCUGUACGCGCUCGGGGUCGGGGCCUGCGGCGCGGACGCCGUCGACGAGAAGGAGCUCCACUUCGUGUACCACAGGGACGGGCAGCCACACAUUAAGGUUCUUCCUACUUUUGUUUCUUUGUUUCCCAACAAGAACAGCAAUGGGCUUGGAUUUGUUGAUGUGCCUGGCCUUAACUUCGAUGCAAGCCUUCUAUUACAUGGUCAACAAUACAUAGAGAUGUACAAGCCAAUUCCUUCUUAUGCCAAUGUUGUAAACAAGAUUAAAGUAGCUGGUUUACAUGACAAAGGGAAAGCAACUGUACUUGAGCUUGAAACUACCACCAGUCUUAAAGACUCUGGGGAAAUUUUAUGUAUGAACAGGAGUACUAUAUACUUACGUGGUGCUGGAGGCUUUUCAGACUCUUCCCGGCCAUACUCAUAUGCCAAUUAUCCUGCUAACCAAGUUCCUCGCAUAUCUAUUCCAAAUUCUGCACCUUCUGCAGUAUAUGAAGACCAAACAAAGCAAUCCCAGGCAUUAUUAUACAGGUUAUCUGGGGAUUAUAAUCCUUUGCAUUCAGACCCUGAGAUUGCACAGAUUGCAGGGUUUACCCGUCCAAUACUGCACGGCCUCUGUACCCUUGGAUUCGCUACUCGCGCUGUGAUCAAAUCUUUCUGCAACGGUGAACCAACGACAGUGAAAAGCAUCUUUGGACGAUUUCUUCUGCACGUCUACCCCGGGGAAACGUUAUCCACUGAAAUGUGGCUGGAUGGCCAGAAGGUACACUAUCAAACGAAGGUAAAGGAGCGAAACCGUGCCGUGCUUGCUGGAUUUGUGUUGCUCAAACACAUCCCCUCAUCAUUCUCGUGAGCAAUCAGCAUCAGAUCCGGCGCUGUUCCUCAUAACUUUUACCAGUUGCAAUCUGUCAUUUCAAGGACAAAACAAGAAUAGCAGGGUGUUGGUUUUCUCAAUGAUGCUUGAGAGUUGAGACCUUUGUGCGUCAUACUCCUGCCAGUCUGCUGCCUGCGAGUCUGCUGACUGCGAGCCUGCUGCGACUCGAGGGAAUGCGUGAUCAUGCUUCUGAAAAGAACUGACCAGAAAGCGGAGAGAAUCUGACAGGCCAUAGGUUGCUCCAGCUUAGUCGCAUGGAUUCCAAAAGCUCAGUCACAACAUUUGUACACGUUAGAGCCGGCUUGAAGAAGAUAAGUUCAGUCAACGCUCGCAUAAGCUCGAAUGAGUUCGGUAAUUAACACUAAAACACAUGGUUUUUCGUAGCUCGGCAUCUCAUGUGAGAGCACAAGCCCAGGCUUGACUCGAGUAAGCUCUGAAUACUAUGGGCUUGAUGACGUAGUCUCGUUAUCAUAAGCUUGGUGACAGGCUACAGAAGGCAUAGACCACCGUAGUAGGGCCUGAUUGACUUUGAAUGGGUGAAUUUAGAAAAUAUCAUUAGUGUCUCUAUAAUAUGUGGUUUCAGGUCCACAUAUUAUCUUCAUAUAUGAUGGUAUUUUCUAAUAUAGGUAUCUUUGUAAUGUUAUUCAUCUAAUUUUUCCUUAAAUUAUAUGUACAUCUCAUCGGUAGUACCAGUAUCAUGCAAACUCCUCCACGAAAACCAAGUACCAGCACUGACAUAAAAGUGUUAAGUAGGCAAACAACCUACACAAAAUCUGUUCAGUACAUCGCUAGUCCUUUUGAGCCGGAGCUCAUGACAUCCCGGUAUAAAGAAAAGCAUCAAUCUGUCCAAUCCCGCAAUGAACAAGUAAUGCACACAUGCAUAAGUUUCCAUUCGUUAGAUCUGCCAUUCUCUUCUUCCAUCAAAGACGAAAAGAAGCCAAGGAAAUCUAACGUUGGUUGCGAAUGCAAUAACUGGAACUGUUCCCCCUGGCAGAGAAACGGAGGAUGGGA